GCGUUUACUCCCCCCUCCUGUUUAUAAACUUGGUUUGUUCCGACGUUCAGCUCCGAAGCCACAGCAUCAGGAAGUGAAGGGCGGUGGUUGAGCAGCGAAGCAGCAAUUAUCUUAAAAUUAUCAGCUCGUAGAAAGAAAUAAACCAAAAGCAGUCACAAUGGCGAGCAAAAAGGCUAAGGGAAAGACCACCAAGAAGCGCCCUCAGCGCGCCACCUCCAACGUCUUUGCCAUGUUCGACCAGUCCCAGAUUCAGGAGUUCAAAGAGGCCUUUAACAUGAUCGACCAGAACCGGGACGGCUUUGUGGACAAGGAGGACCUUCAUGACAUGCUCGCCUCCCUGGGGAAAAAUCCAAAUGAAGACUACCUGGAAGCCAUGAUGAACGAAGCCCCCGGACCGAUAAACUUCACCAUGUUCCUCACCAUGUUUGGAGAAAAGCUAAACGGCACGGACCCGGAGGAUGUGAUAAGAAACGCCUUCGCCUGCUUCGACGAAGAGGGAACAGGUUUCAUUCAUGAGGAUUACCUCAGGGAGCUGCUCACAACGAUGGGGGACCGGUUUACAGACGAGGAGGUGGACGAGCUCUUCAGGGAGGCCCCCAUCGACAAGAAGAGCAACUUCAACUACGUGGAGUUCACGCGCAUCCUAAAGCACGGUGCCAGGGACAAGGACGAUUAAAGCACCACCGCCCCCCCUCCCUGCCGUCAGCUAGAUCACAAUGCUGCAUGUCUCAAUUUUACAGUGAAAGGCAACGUUUGUACAAACCAAAGCAAUACCUUUCCUCUCUGUUUGCUGUGAACUUGCAGUUUUGCCAAAUGAGUUUGUAAAAUCUGUCGAGAUGUGAUGUGGAAGAACAUUAGUAGGAGACUCUGCAGUUCAUGUGAUCAUGUUUAGCUGAAUUUUUACACUUAUUAUAUAAACUUUUGAAAAUAAAAGCCCUAUAUCAAAUUGUAUUUUUUUUUUUUGACCAUUCCCCUUCCAUAAAUCACAUCUGUAACCAAGUGCAUUAUUCUGUCUUUUCUUUCCUCGGUGUUGAAGCACAUUUUUAUGGACCAACUUUCUUCUCUGUGGGGUUGUUGAGACAAGUCUGCUCUCCUUUUUCCACUAAAUUCAUGCAGCGCGUUCUGACUUGUACAAGCUGGAUUCUUUAGGAGCCAGCAGGAAGUCUCCGUGUGCUAGAUCAUAUUUCUGUUUCUGUCAUGUUUGGCCCUACAUGGCAAGAAAUGUGUGCGGAUGCAAAUUUGAGCGGUCUGGUUUUGCCUGUUAAUCUAAAAGCCUCGAGUAAUAAAACACUUAACUUCACAAAGGGACGUUGAGCUGCAAGUCAAGAUUGCCCAGCGGAUGACCUCGUUCAGUUUGAGUCGGCUCAGUUCACAUCACCCAUUUAAAAUAAGAAUGAAUAAAACAGUCUUUACUGUGCUGGUGUCUGCUGAUAAUGUUAAGCCUGUGUGGGAUCACUUUCAGUAAGGCUUAACCAGGUUAUUUUUAAUAAACAUGGUCUGUUCAAACAAA